AUGGCAUGUGAUCGGAUCUACACCUACAUUCCACCGGCUCCGCCAAAUGACCUGAUUGGAUGCAACAGUUAUACAUUGGAUUUCAACGAUCGGAAAUUUAUUCAAAUUGGGAUCGAUCCGAAAAAAUCAUUUAGUGUAAUGAUUCAUAUCAUUACACCGUCGCGGUAUGUGAGCAUAACAAGUCACUAUAUGAAAACUAUAUACACACUAAUGGGUGAUAUACUAUCAAGCGUCAUGGAGAAGCCUGAAAAUACACAGACUACAUUUCUCUCAGACACCAAUCUUUCAUUAACUAAAAUGGUUUAUAAGGAUGAAAAUGUGCUGGUUAUUGAAUCUCAAGCUGUAAAUGGAUGUCGCAUUCUACUUAACCGUAGAGAUUUGAAGAAAACUGGCUGUUUCUUCCCAACCAAGGAAACAAACAGAACAGAGUUGUUAAGAUGUAUCAUGGAGGUAUCAUGUAUUACUAUAACUUCAGCAAUAGAGCCGAUGAGUGAUCCUAAUUAUAUUAGUGAAAUUAAAAGAUUUGCUGCUGAAGAAUUGGCUGACGUCUGGAUGAAGAAAAUAACUGACCGAAAUGACAUACCUAAGGCAAUCGAUGUAAAUGAUGGUCCAACUCGAUACGAUUGGCGUGGUGAAGAAGAAUCACAAUGCUUCUCCUUUUCAACACAAGCAUACGACAACUAUAAACACACGGAGAAGUCAACAUGGGCACCUCGAAAACUUGAAUUUUAA